AUGGAAGAAGACGAAAAGGUUGCAAAGUAUGUGUCGAAGGUGCAUAAACUCGUCCAUUUCAUGAAGGAUUAUGGUGAAACCCUAACUGAUAAGAUGAUAGUUGAGAAGAAAGACAAUGGAUUGACAAAACGUAAAGACGAAGGAGCGAACCUUGCACGCCAAGAUUCAGAUGACUCUGAAGGUAUGGUGGUUAUGGUUGCAGUUGUAGAUAACCAUGUAGAAUCCAAGAUCUGGUUCCUCGAUUUAGGCUGCUCGAAUCAUAUGACUGGUCAAAAGGUGUGGUUGACAAAUUUCGACAAAUCGAAGAAGAGCAAGGUAAAACUUGCUGAUAAUAGUUCGUUGCAAGCAAAAGGUAUUGGCAACAUAGUUUUCACAUGA